AUGUCUGCUGCAACUCCAGCGCCGGAUCCGAACAAGCGGCUCAUGUUCCAUGUGACCUUUUACAUUGCCGACUCCGACGCCGAAGAGUUUCUCAAGCACCUACGCACGACCUUUGAGGCAGUCACCGCGGAGCCAGAGUGUCUGUUCGUGGACACCUACUGGGAUCCGAAUCACCACGGAACAAUCAGAAUCGUCGAGGAGUGGGCAUGCGACAGAGAUUGGUUCGUGAAUGUGCAAAUGCCAAAGAAAUACUAUGAUCCGUACCGUGCAGCCACGGAGAAGAUGUACAUCAAGGAACGCACGGUCGAGGAUUGGGAACGUAUACCAGGCUGGUGGAGACAGAAGCCGGAUUAUAAGCCCGAGUAG